AUGGCGUCGGAGGGGAUGAUCCUGACGAACCACGACCACCAGAUCCGCGUCGGCGUCCUCACAGUGAGUGACAGUUGCUUCAGGAACCUUGCCGAGGAUCGUAGUGGGAUAAACCUUAAAGAUCUGGUCCAAGACCCUUCUUUGCUGGGUGGGACUAUAUCUGCAUACAAGAUAGUGCCAGACGAAAUAGAAGAAAUCAAGGAGACGCUGAUAGAUUGGUGUGAUGAAAAGGAACUUAAUUUGAUUUUAACAACUGGAGGAACAGGGUUUGCACCACGAGAUGUCACUCCAGAGGCCACUAAAGAAGUAAUAGAGCGAGAAGCCCCGGGGAUGGCCCUGGCAAUGCUGAUGGGAUCACUUAAUGUUACACCUCUGGGCAUGCUCUCUAGGCCUGUGUGUGGAAUCAGAGGGAAAACACUCAUAAUUAAUCUUCCAGGUAGCAAGAAAGGGUCACAGGAAUGCUUUCAGUUUAUACUGCCAGCCCUACCUCACGCCAUUGAUCUUCUGCGCGAUGCCAUUGUAAAAGUAAAGGAGGUACACGAUGAGCUUGAAGAUCUACCUUCGCCACCACCUCCUCUUUCUCCUCCUCCAACCACCAGCCCUCACAAACAGACAGAAGACAAAGGAGUGCAGUGUGAGGAAGAGGAGGAAGAGAAGAAGGAUAGCGGAGUUGCCUCAACAGAGGACAGUUCUUCUUCACAUAUAACAGCAGCAGCCAUUGCAGCUAAGAAGCAUCCAUCCUAUACCAGUCCAGCUGUUAUCAUGGCUAAAGAUCAACAGCCCAUCCCUGGUCUCAUCAGUUAUUGCCAUCACACAGCAGGCAGUGCAGGAGAACUGAUUCCAGAUUCCAUCAUCUCUCGUGGUGUUCAAGUUCUCCCACGUGAUACAGCCUCCCUCAGUACCACUCCUUCAGAAUCUCCUCGUGCCCAAGCCACCUCUCGCCUCUCCACUGCAUCCUGCCCAACACCAAAAGUCCAGUCUAGGUGCAGCAGCAAGGAGAACAUCCUCAGAGCAAGUCACAGUGCUGUUGACAUCACCAAGGUAGCAAGAAGACAUCGCAUGUCUCCAUUCCCAUUGACAUCUAUGGACAAGGCCUUCAUCACAGUUCUGGAGAUGACCCCAGUGCUUGGAACAGAAAUCAUCAAUUACAGAGAUGGAAUGGGACGAGUCCUUGCUCAAGAUGUUUAUGCAAAAGAUAAUCUACCACCAUUUCCAGCAUCAGUAAAAGAUGGUUACGCUGUCAGAGCUGCUGAUGGCCCAGGAGAUCGAUUCAUCAUAGGGGAAUCCCAGGCUGGUGAGCAGCCAACUCAGACCGUGAUGCCUGGUCAGGUAAUGCGUGUUACAACUGGUGCUCCAAUUCCAUGUGGUGCUGAUGCAGUGGUGCAAGUGGAAGAUACAGAGCUCAUCAGGGAAUCAGAUGAUGGCACUGAAGAACUAGAAGUUCGAAUCCUGGUGCAAGCUCGACCAGGCCAAGAUAUCAGACCCAUAGGACAUGACAUUAAAAGAGGUGAAUGUGUGCUGGCUAAAGGAACCCACAUGGGUCCAUCUGAGAUUGGUCUCUUAGCAACUGUUGGAGUAACUGAAGUAGAAGUUAACAAGUUUCCAGUGGUUGCAGUAAUGUCAACAGGGAACGAGCUGCUGAACCCUGAGGACGACCUCUUGCCAGGAAAGAUUCGGGACAGCAACCGUUCAACUCUCCUAGCUACAAUCCAAGAGCACGGCUAUCCAACAAUCAAUUUGGGAAUUGUGGGUGAUAACCCGGAUGAUUUACUGAAUGCACUGAAUGAGGGUAUCAGCCGUGCUGAUGUGAUCAUUACAUCAGGAGGUGUAUCUAUGGGGGAAAAGGACUAUCUUAAACAGGUGCUGGAUAUUGAUCUUCACGCACAGAUUCAUUUUGGCAGAGUUUUUAUGAAACCUGGCCUGCCAACAACUUUUGCAACUCUGGAUAUUGAUGGUGUAAGAAAAAUAAUCUUUGCGCUUCCAGGCAAUCCUGUGUCAGCUGUCGUCACCUGCAAUCUCUUUGUUGUUCCUGCUCUGAGGAAGAUGCAGGGUAUCCUGGAUCCUCGGCCCACCAUCAUCAAAGCCAGGUUAUCAUGUGAUGUAAAAUUGGACCCCCGCCCAGAAUAUCAUCGGUGCAUUCUGACUUGGCAUCACCAAGAACCACUACCUUGGGCACAAAGUACAGGGAAUCAGAUGAGCAGUCGUCUGAUGAGUAUGCGCAGUGCCAAUGGACUGUUGAUGCUACCUCCAAAGACAGAGCAGUAUGUGGAGCUUCACAAGGGGGAGGUGGUGGAUGUCAUGGUCAUUGGAAGGCUAUGAUGUCACCAGCAAGAGCGAAGCUUUGAUGCAUGUCCACAUAUCAUUGACUGUAUCCUGUAAUAUGCAACGGCACAGCUAGUUUUUCCGAUUUGGAUAAAAGUUGAUCAGUAUAGUCAACAUCUUGAAAUAUAUUUCAAAUGGAAUUUAAAUAAAUACCUUUUAAAAAAAAAAACUUUAAAACAAAUUUAACAAAGAAAUUUAUUCUGAUUAUAUCAAAGCAACUUUUUCCUUUUCUUGCAAUUGCUUUGUGUGUUCAAUGCUAGUUCUAAUAGCGGUAGCUUUUAGUAGACAGCAGUAGGUGCCUGCAGAACUUGUGUUUUUUCUCAUCUUUAAGAUACAACUACUUACGCUCUUAAAACAAGGCUGUCUGCUUAUUUAUACUAGCGUAGACAACACUUGGAUUUCCCUUAUUAGUAUGCUUCAUAACCGCUUCACAGAGAGCUUCUGCUUGUUCUUUAUCUUGUAUCUCGUGUUGAUGUGCACAGUGCCAAAAGCAGAGUGGCUGCACUGGGAACCCAAUGAAGCCCCGAGGUUUUCUCACCUCGCCGCUCAUUCAGGGAUGUCUCUUGUCCCAGCAGCCACCCAGCUCAGUACUCUUGGGCAGUAACUGGAUACCUUUUAUUUCAACAAACAAAAAAAUUGCUUCCUUAAGUGCUGACAGCCUUUUUAACCAAUACAUUUAAAAAUGUACAGAACUAAAAACUAAAAAAAAUCAAAGACUGAUCUUGUACAGAUAUUAGUGUUACCAGCAUUCAUGUGGAAAUUAAAUGAGCAAAGAAAUAAAACUAAUGUUAAACAACUCUGUACCAUAACAUUUUCUGUAAUGAUACUGAAACUUAAAUGAAUAAAAAAAAUCCUCAAUCAUUAUUUAAAA